GAAAUAUUUCCAACGAUGGUUCCACGGUACGUUUCAAGUUGAGUGGUGACCGCGCUUUUAUUGUGAAGGCACAUUAGGGUCUUUUCCUUCGUUCUCCAGUACUUAAUAACUACUUCAAGUUGGAUGUAGCCGUUGUCAGGCGCGGCUAGCUAACGUUAGCUGGCUAGCAGGCGACUUAACCUAAGUGACACAGUGAGUGUGUUUACAAAUGGGAAUUCGUGGUUGUUGACCCAAGAACUACUCUAUGUACGAUGAACACUGAGGACAAGUUGGAGGGCAUGCUGGUGAAAUGCAGCAGUGGAGGGAUAGAUGGCGGAGGGCGAGUUGGGCUCGGGGGAGGAGGACUGGUGGUGAUGACUCUCGGGGAACGAUCACUGGCAAACCACCCUCUGUUGGCCGAGGACGAUGAAGACGAUGAGGACUUGACCGGAAGCUCUCUGGUCACGCAUGACCUCAUACCUCCAGAGCAGCUGAUGAUGCAGGAAGAGAUGAUCAAGAAUGGUAGAGGAGAAGAGGAGGAGGGUGGAGGCGAGGUGGGAGUGCAUUUCCCCCUAAAACUCACCAAUAACUUGCCCUGCUUGCUUCAUUUGCCACUAAGCAUCAAGCAAGAACUGAAGUCGUCCGAGUCACGGGUGCUGAUGAAGAAGGACAAAAAAGCAGUUAAGGACUUGAUGAUCUGUCCCAAGAAGAAAAAGAGGAAGCAGCGUUCACCAGCAAAGAUUCUCAACAUCACUGAGGAAGAAUCGUUGGGCAUGCAAAGCCCCAAGUGUCACGUCUGUGAUCACUGCAAUGCUGCAUUCAGAACCAACUACCAUCUACAGAGGCACGUCUUCAUUCACACUGGUGAGAAGCCAUUUCAGUGCAGCCAGUGUGAUAUGCGCUUCAUUCAGAAAUAUCUCCUCCAAAGACAUGAGAAGAUCCACACUGGUGAGAAGCCUUUUCGCUGUGAUGAGUGCGGGAUGAGGUUCAUCCAGAAGUACCACAUGGAGAGACACAAGAGGACUCACAGCGGCGAGAAGCCUUACCAGUGUGACUACUGUCACCAGUACUUCUCCAGAACCGACCGGGUUUUAAAGCACAGACGAAUGUGUCACGAGAACAGAGAGCGAGAGAUGGCGAAAGCGGCCGGUAAAGGCGGGCCCUUGCGCGAAGCGGAUCCUUUGGCUCUCGCCUUUUUCGCCAGAGAGUGUUCGCUGCCCAAGAAAAAGCGGCAAAAGUGCGCGAACAAGACACCGGGAGCUCCCGCCGCCAUAGCCGCGAUCGUCGACGCGGAGACGAGGGACGAGCAGAGACAGAGCAGGAUCCAAGGUGUGCCCUAUCCCGCCGCGUCCUCCAAGGUCAAACACGAGUACGUGAUCGCGGAUUACUCCUCGGAGCUUCCGGAGGAGUCGGCCGGCUGGCGCGGCGAGGGCGCCACGUCGGCGGCGGCGGGCACAACUCCUCCCAAGCUGGUCCUGAAGAAGGUCCCCAAGAGGAGCCUGAAACCGUCUGCUGAACAAACUCUUCCCUGCCUGUCCACUUUGUCUUCCUUUGAGGAAACCGCUAAGGUCUCGCAGUACACCUUUGAAAUCGUGGACAAGCAAGGCCUUUUAGAAGCGGAGGGCGGCGCCGACACCGAGGCGCCGGGCGAAACCCUCCAAGGAGGGCCGGCGAAGCCCGCGGCGGCCAGCACCAACUACGACGACGCCGUGCAGUUCCUCAAAAAGAAGCGCUACCUUCAAGCCGCGAUGGCCAACAGUGGUCGGGACUACGCCGUCUCUUCCCAGCCGCCCGCCGCGCAUCAAAGCGCCGCCGCGUCCGCGGCCAUCGGCGAGGCGGCCCCCGCCGCCGCCCCCCUGGAGCCGCAGCCCGGCAAAGCGACGCACGACAAGGGCGCGCUGGCGGAGAAGGGGGCGCUGCCCGACGAGGUCCUCCAGACGCUGCUGGACCACUACUCCAACAAAGCCAACGGGCAGUCGGACAUUUCCUUCAGCGUGGCCGACACGGAGGUGACGUCGAGCAUAUCCAUAAACUCUUCCGACGUGUCGGAAGGCGGCGGUGGCAGCGGCGGCGCCGAGGGCCUGGGGGCCUCCGGCACCACCCAGGCCCAGCCGGCCCCCGAGAAGGUCAGCCUCCUGCAGGAGUACUCCAAGUUCCUCCAGCAGGCGCUGGAGCGGACCAGCCAGAACGACAGCUACCUGACGAGCCAGAGCCUCAGCCUGGUGUCCGAGAACCCCACGCUGGCCGGACAGCCGCUGUUCUCCACCGAGAAGCAGUUUCCCUCCCCCAGCAGGUUCAAGUCGGGGCUCAGCUCCCCGCUGAGGCCCGCUUUAGAGAAACCCAACUUUGGAUUACUGGUCGGGGACUCGCAGCACUCGUUUUCGUUCUCGGGCGACGAGACCAGCCCGACCGCAGCCGUGUCCCCGGCGGAGGAGGACUUCCUGGAGCAGGUGUCGCCCUCCAAAAAGACGGACGCCUCGCAGGGCAUACUGCAGACUUUCCAGAUAAGCUCCUUCGACCAGAACUUCAAGUCUCACUUCCAGGCGUCUCGACCCGGAGCCCCCUCGCUGUUUACCGUCGCCAAUGGACAGCUGGGUCUCCGAGGACACGGCACAGACUUCUCAGAGUUCCCGGCGGCUCGAGUGGCUGAGACCAGGUCUCAACUGAACUCCUCCCCUGACGUUUCCUCCAGUGAAACCUUCGGCUGACGGGAAUCCAUUCAAGGAUUCAUUCCUGAUCAUACUUUCAGCGGCACUUUAUCUCAUGUUUCCUGUUUUGCCAAAACAAGUCCCCUUAACUAUUUGCGCUUUCUUCAAAGCAUUUUGGUUGAAAUAACAUUUUUUUUCUUAUGUUAUUAUUAUGAUUUUGUCAAGCAAGAAUUGGAUAUAGUAUAGAAAAAUGCAUAUGAUGAUAAUUGGCGUUCCCCCUAAAAACCAACAAUUUGAGUUGUGCAUGGAUUUAUUUCUUCCCCCAAAAUUAGCAUCAAACGGUUAGCGACCAAAGUUAAAAAGGCAACGUGAAAGAUUCUCUCCAACCGUCGCCACAGAAUUUAUGUUUAAUGUUUUGUCAAUCAGUUCAAUGCUCAAAGAUGAUCAAGUCACUCUGGCUGCUUAAUGCAAUAUUUCCACCUCCUGAAACCUACUAAUACAUAUAUUUACAUACAUGCAUACAUGUAUGUAUGUAUAUAUAUUUGUAGGCCUCUUUGCUCUUACUGUAUGUUGUAAGUAGUACUGCUACCUCCCUUUGCUGUUUACCCGGUUAUAUUUAAGUCCACUCCAGGAGCCUUCUAAUUCCAGCAUUCUCACUCCUGUUACAUUUCAACCAUGAUUAGAUGAUGAAUGAUUCUUCACUUUAAGUCACUUUACUGUCACCUGAGAUUAGCGUGUCAAUGAUGCUACAAGAAACUUGAUUGUAUUCCACUCCUAUGGAAUCUAGUUUAUUUGGUUUACUUGGAGUAGUGGGCCAAAGAAAAUAGAACAUUUUACAUGAUCAUUUAAAAAAAUGAAUUCAUUACUACUUAAUAAUUAAUAAUGUAUUCCCUUUUGCGGAUGAAUUUCUGCUCCUAGUGCAGCACAGGCAGAAAAGAAACUUUUUCAAAAAGAUGUAUGUAUCCAGUUGCUGCAUUCAUGUAAUGGUUGCAGAGUCAUUAUGCUUUUCCUUCAGCAGUAAAAGCCAGUUGUAAUGACAUUACUUCUAAAGGAUUGUGCUUAGUUUUUGCACAAGUUGCACAUCCUUUCACUACAUGGAAUGUAGUAUGUACUUAUUUGAAAAAUUACAGACCGCUUUUUGCCACUGAUGUAACUCAAGCAGCUGCACCUUUUACAGAACUUUGGCUUGCUCCUCCUUGAAGUUGCACAGGUUCUGAUGGAACAACAAUGUGAUUAGACCCACUUGUCUUGAUUGAAACUUAAAGUUUUAUUAAGGCGAUAUUAUGAAAGGCAAUAAACAUGGAAAUGGGGUGCUCAGUUUUCCACUUCUAUUAGGUUAGCAAACGUGCCUUUCCUUUGUUUUCUUUUUUUCCAUUCCAGGCGGCCCUUUACUGACUUCUGUUGUGCACAAUAAUCAUAAACUCAUAAGCUAUAAACCUAUUCAGUCCGUAAUACUGGGAGCGAUAUUUAAUUUUGCCCAUCGUAGUUUUCUUUCAGUUCUCUGUGCGUGGAAGGAAAACGCAUUUCGGUCGACUGCUCACUUUGUGUUUUGUGAGUCCGGAAUCAUGUCUCAAGUCGUCAUCUGUGUUCCAUCCCUAUCUGCUAGAAUCGGGUAUUGAGCCACAUCUGUCCGUGCCCUGUGGAAUGCGUUCGAGUAAGGUCUCAGCUGUCCUUCAUUGCGCUGUUGAUUGUAUUCCGCGUGCACGUGUAUGCGCGAUGUUUUAGGGGCUAUUGUGUAAAACACUGUUUUUAUAUGCAUCGUGAGAUUAGGUCUGAUAAUCCAUGUUGAACUCCCUCUCCUCACCCUUCUCCGGACAAUCAGGGACAGUCAGCAAAUGCUUUAUUUUUUUUCCCCUCCUCAAACAUUCCCGCUAGAAUGUGUAGAAGGUAUCCUGCUGUAGAUACAUUAAAUAUGUGUUCAGAGAACAGCUCUUACAUCUUUGAGGCUUGUGCAGGAGACACUUUUUGUCAGUUGCAAGGCUCAGGAACUCGUUUUCCAGCAUUUAUUACUCAACGAUGAGUCCCUUUCACUUGGCAACGCGGCUCUAUGAGGUUUGUAUAUACAUCACCUCGGUUACCAGAAGAAACAUUACACUUUUACAAAAGUUUAUUUAUUUUUUUUUUAAGUUAAUGCAGUUGAUUGUGCAUUAUGAUGGGAUUUACUGUAUAAAACGGUUGGUAUUGACAACCCCCCCCCCCGCCCCAAGAAAAUGUUCAUUUGGUUUUAAUGUAAUACUCUAUCUGAACUUUUUUUUUGUUAUCAAGUAUUUAACCUCAACAGCUGUGGUCAGCUGGAAUUCAUGUCAGUUAAAAUACCAACAAAUUAAGUGUUGUGGUUGAAAUACUUCACUAGCUACUUAGGUCAUUUUAAGCAGAUAUUCAAAGCACAUUGCAGAGCGGUAAAUUGUAUCUUAUGAAUUGUUCACUGAGAAGUUCAAAAUUCAAUUAGCUAAUGGAUAAUUGCAGAACUGAUGGGAGGUCUAUGAGUUGUCUCAGCAGUACUGUGGUAUUGUAUCCUUUUUAAUUAACUAUUGUCAGUAAACUGGCCAUAAGUGUCCUUGUAUAAGCUAGAGAAAAAUGUUUUGUGUAAAAAGAUCAGAAUUAUUGAAUUCUUUUGAUAAAAACUAUUUUUGAAACAUGUCCUUUUAAGGCACUGAUAUGUACAGUAUAUCAUAUGCAGCCACUAUUGCCACCCUCAUUUAUCUCGGUAAAAGGUCGUUUGUGUCAAGGUAUUUCAAUUUGCCGAUGGGAAAGUCCACCUUUGAUUGAGCGCUUUCAUACUCUCAGAGAACUUGGCGAGGAAGCUCCGCACAGAGGUUGAGCUUAAGUUAUACACCUGAGUUAGUUAAGGUUUAUUUGCAUGGUCUCUAACUUGUUGGGUCGAGUGAACUCGUUUAAUGAAUAAUGUGCAGCUUUAAUCGUAGAUGAUUAUUUUCAGUAAAGUAACCCAUAUGAUUAGAUUUUUACAAUAUAUUAUGAUUUGUAAACAAUCUUAUUAAAUUGUUGUUUUGCUUGUUGUGUGUCAUGUUCUUAUGAAUAAAACAAGUCACAGAA